CAACCUUGCGGUGUUUCAUAGCUCUGUAUCUGCCGCCGCAAUGCUUGUCUUCCUGCAGUUUGCCCAGUUCCUAUAAACUGACACAUUAAUAUGGCUACAGAAACAGAAGAAUAUUUCGGACAGGCUCCCUUGCCGGGAGUUCAAUAUCCCCUCACAGUUCACUACUGCGGCAACUGCUCCAUGCCAAUAGAGUUCUGUGAAUUUUGUCCGUCCUACGAGAAGUGUAAAGCCUGGCUUGAGCAAAACCUUCCUGACGUCUUCAGUCAACUCAACACUAAAGAUGGAGGUGGAGGGGACGGAGAAGAUGCUGAGGAUGAGAAGAAGAGGCAGAAGAGAGGAGGCAAGGGCAUGGUGCGCCUCAAGAAAAAGGAUGACACGCCUAAGAAGGUUGUGGUGUUCUUGUCCCCGCGGGGCAAGAAGAAGACCACGGUCAUCAUGGGGCUCAAGACUUUCGACCUGGACCUGAAGGCGUGCAGCAAGACGCUGGGGCAGAAGUUUGCGUGCGGCUGCUCGGUGACGGGGCCGGACGAGAUCGUCCUGCAGGGCGACAUCAAGGAGGACGUCAUCGACUUCAUCCUCGACAAGUGGCCGCAGAUCGACGACGACAGCAUCGAGGACGGUGGUGAGCGGAAGCACUGAAGAGCUCGUGUCAACAGACGCCAUGGAACUGAUAACACUUCGCAUUUCCAUAUUUAUUCAGAAUAUUUCCGCCUCUUGUUUCAGUAUAACAAAUAAAGGAAUAAAUAAUAAAUGCGAAUAAAUUUUUAUUAAUCUUUUAGGGUAAUUCUAAUGGCUGAUCUGAAUUUUAAUUUUUAAUCAAAAUAAAGAAAGAUAACUUACAUUUCCUUAUAGACAGCAUUGAAGAAGGGCUAAAUUGUUCUGCCCAAGGCGGGAAAGCUGUUCAUAUAAUUUAUUUAAGUUGAAAUUAGGCCUUGAUUUCUUUAAAUCUGCGCAGUCAAGGAUAGCGAUCGAGAGCCUUUUAAAUAAAUGCGGAAAUGCUGCAUGGAUAAUUUUUUUUUUCGAAUGUAUUCAAGACUAGCCAGUUGAACGAACACUGCUUGCUACGUGUAAGUUCCUUUUCACGUUGGAACGCAAGGGAACACAAAUUCUAGAUCACGAAGGAGCUAAGCCUGCAUCUGAAUGAGGGCUAGAAUUUCCUGAAAAUUCAUUAUAGUUAACUAAUUAGUAGGCCCUAGAGAGUUGAAGAGUUGACCUAGAGUUGAAGCACCUGUAGCAUCAACAUGUUCCUUUCUGUUGGUGAGCCAGCUAAAGGGCAUAGUUUCACUAAGGAUUUUUCUCUCUCGCCUAUCAGAAUAAACUAAUCUUAUUUAGUUUA